UUAUCUAGUGAGUGUGGAUGUAUUCGGGAUGCCUGGCUGGACUUGAGUAAGCAGGACAGGUAGAAUUUGUUCUGUCCGUGUCGUUAGCUUCGUGUGUUGUGUUCCGUGUGUGAGUUUAAACCGAUAUUUAACCCGGGUUUCAUUCUAAAUGAAGGGGAUUGAGCGCUAGUGGGUGUUUAUGUUGAAAGGCGGUGAUUAUAGUUGAGGUUUGGAGGUGAGCGUGUUGAGCUAGCAGGCUAUAAACGUUAGCAGCGCUGCUGGAGGAGCGAGCUUAUGACGCCCGUGUUUUUCUGUCCGCGAUGCGCCGCGGCUCUGCGGAGACAAAGUGCACAUUUAUAAAGACUUUAUAACGGGAUCUGCGUGUGGAGGUCUACAUCCCGGAGUGUGCGUGAAUACACUCCUCACCGUGCCGGCAGUCUGGGCCUGAAAGAGCCGCUUAUUCAGUACUUUCCAUGUAAAUGAAGUGGUGUUAGCUGUGAGGAGAUCACCUUCUGAAAACAGCAGCACAAUGCUGUCCUGCUUCUCUCUCUCAGCACCUCGGUUCUUCUGAACACUGAUCCGUGCAGUCCAGGUCGCACCUGCUCACACAUCUCAGCUGUGUUUAGAUUCACUUUAUGUAUAGAUAGAUAGAUAGACAGAUAGACAGAUGUAUCUGAUUGUAGCAUAAGCGUGCUUUUAAAAAAUUCUAAAUCGCGGUUAUUGUCAUUAUUAUUAUUAUUAUUAUUAUUAUUAUUAUUAUUGCACCCGACAAAUAGAAAAUGUUCACAUACUACUGAAUUUAUCUGGAAAAUACAUUUGUAAAUUUUCGGGUUUGGCUCAGAACUGGCUUUAAAUAGUUCUCAAAUCGAUAUCUGUUAAAAACCAGAGCAUCCGUCAGUGAUCUUUGUGUAUUUUUGGAAAUACGCAGAGCGCAGUAACCUUUGACCUGCGAGUGUGACGUCAAAUCAGGGACGUUUGCAGCACUUUAAAAAAUAAAUGAAUACGUAAAUAAAUACAUUAAUAACCCAUGUUCCAGAUAAGGAUCCGAUCUGGUGUGUGUGUGUGUGUGUGUGAGCGAGAGAGAGGAGAAUGACUGAAGAGGGAAUGAAGCUGACUGCAGGAUUUGCACCGUGUUGUUAGGGUUCCUGUUUGGAGCACUGAGAAGUUUUGAAGUUUUCCUCUAGUUGAGAAACGUGAGUUUAUUGUAUCAGUUAUUGGACGGCGUUGUGAAGUAGUAGUCGGUGUCGGGUCUGUGCUGAGGCGUUCAUGACACGAGAAGAUGAACGGUGACAAUCCAGCACUAGAUUUAUGCAAUGCCAGAAUGAAAGCGUCUGAUGAUGACCACACCACGGCGCUCAUCUCCGAGGAACUCGUCCUCCGGAAUAGCAUCAAGUUCAUAGAUAAGGAUGUGGUAGCUCCGGGAUCGGGACACAAGGAUAAGAACGAUGGAACCGUCCUUUCGGUGGCGUUGCACGUUCCUGAAGAGAGUAGCACGCAGGAUCUGGAAUGCCGCUUUUCCACCGGAAGUGCGAAUGACGAUGAGGACAUGGACAUCGGUGUGGAUUUGAGCUUGGACGAAAGUGGAGUUUUGGAGUCGGACCCGGUGACGGCACUCGAGGAGAGCGGCAGGGUGGGUUCUGUAGCGUCUGAAACGGAUAAGGACUCGGACAAGCCUUCAGAAUCCGAUCCUUCGAGUUCGACCGACGGCGAGGCCCCGUCUCCGUCCCCGUCCGCAGCCCUUCAGGAAGGAGCUGGACACAGACACGUUGCCAAGAGGGUCACGUUUCCCUCAGAUGAGGACAUUGUGUCCGGGUCGGUGGAACCGAAGGACCCGUGGAGACACGCUCAGAAUGUGACAGUUGAGGAGAUCCUGAAUGCCUACAAACAGGCCUGCCAGAAACUCAACUGUAAACCCGUUCCUAAAGUGCUCAAGCAGAUUCAGGACUUGACAGACCUGACUCAGCGCAACGACUGCCUGGAUCUGAAGGGAGAGAAGUUGGACUACCGGGCGUGUGAGUCUCUGGAGGAGAUUUUUAAGCGAGUGCAGUUUAAAGUUGUGGAUCUCGAACACACUAACCUGGAUGAAGAUGGAGCGUCAGCGUUAUUCGAUAUGAUCGAGUAUUACGAGUCUGCCACUCACCUCAACAUCUCCCACAACAAGCACAUCGGCACUCGAGGCUGGCAGGCCGCCGCCCACAUGAUGAGGAAGACGAGUUCUCUGCAGCUCCUGGAGGCGAGGAACACCCCACUGCUGGAUCAUUCGGCUCCAUUUGUAGCUCGAGCUCUGCGGAUCAGCGGCAGUCUGACGGUUCUGCACCUGGAGAACGCGGGACUGUCGGGACGUCCGCUAAUGCUGCUGGCUACAGCUCUGAAGAUGAACAUGAACCUGCGUGAACUUUACCUGUCUGAUAAUAAACUGAACGGGCUGCAGGACUCGGCUCAGCUGGGAAACCUGCUCAAAUUUAACUACAACAUCCACAUCCUCGACCUGAGGAACAACCACAUCCUCGACUCAGGUUUG